ACGCAACGCAACGCAACGCAACGCACUGCUUCAGCCAAUCGGAAAGAGCCUAAUUUACUGUACGUAUUACGUAGGUAACUGCUAGCCUGCUAGCUGGUCUGGUAACAAGAAACAAGAUGGAUUCUCCUAUACUGGAACCUUCCUUAUACACUGUCAAAGCAGUUCUGAUUCUGGACAACGAUGGAGACAGGCUUUAUGCCAAGUAUUAUGAUGACACAUACCCGACAGUGAAGGAGCAGAAAGCAUUUGAGAAGAACAUAUUCAACAAAACACACAGGACGGACAGCGAAAUAGCGUUACUUGAGGGCCUCACUGUUGUCUACAAGAGCAACAUAGACCUCUUCUUUUAUGUCAUUGGAAGUUCACAUGAAAAUGAGCUUAUGCUUAUGGCUGUUCUGAAUUGCCUUUUUGAUUCGCUCAGUCAGAUGUUGAGAAAAAAUGUUGAGAGGAGGGCUUUGUUGGAGAAUAUGGAGGGGCUCUUCUUGGCUGUGGAUGAGAUUGUGGAUGGAGGGGUGAUCCUGGAGAGUGACCCGCAACAAGUUGUGCACCGUGUGGCUCUCAGAGGGGAUGAUGUGCCUUUGACAGAGCAGACAGUCACCCAGGUUCUUCAGUCUGCCAAAGAACAGAUCAAGUGGUCGCUUCUACGAUAGAGUCACCCCUGUUUUCCAGUGAGCCGCUGUUGAGCCCGAUCUUCAUGGCACUGAUCCACAUGUUCCUUUUCCUCCGUUUUCUACUUCCUAAAUCAAAGCUGUGAGGAGUACCACUGGCAGAUCCAGUCACACUCCCAGGACUACUGCUUGAUAAAGUUUCAUUUUCCACUUUCUUUCCGCGCAGGCCUGCAUUGUAUGACAUGAUCCACGUGACGAUAAGAUACGGUGUACAUUCCAGUGUCAGGGCCGGGGCCUUUUUUGUUAUUUUAUGUUUGUUUUGUUUUUUUAAUUACAGAACCUGGGUGUUUAUUAACUUAGUGUAUUGCUCUAUAAAAAAUUCAUAAACCUCAUCAUAGCCUGUGACAGCAUUCCAUGUGUCUCCCAGACCAACUAUUGUAUCCUAUUUGACAGCACCAUUUCAACUCCUCCAGAUUACUGUACUAAGUAGUGAGGCACUAUUUCUAUCACUUAAUGUACAUGAAUAUUGUGAUUAAAAAGUGUACAACUAGUACUAUUGUCAUA